GAAUUUAACAAUUUUACGAAUCACGAAGCGUAAUUCAUCGCGUCUUUUAAUAUACAAAUAUUUUAAGAGGAUUGCUAGAGAAUUCGAGUUGUAUUUCAUUUGACGUGAACAGGAGCCGCAAGAAUAUCUUAAGCUACAUGCCUCGAGAAUGUAGACUAGUCACGAAGAGUCCGAACAAAAAUAAAUUGAACAAAGGCAUUUAUUACUCCGCAGCGGAAAGUAAAAAUGCGCAUAUCACACAUCCCACAUUACUGCUCUCUAUACGUAUGAGCAACCCACACAGACACGGACGCACGCGCGCGACGUUCCACAGUGACCGAACGAGAGUGGGGUGGUUAAGUAUGUUUAGUAACGCCUGUCAAUUGCAUCAGCUGUUCGAUUUUUAAGGUUAUGUCCCGUGUAAUAUAAUUGAUAAUUUAUAGUAUUUAUCGAUGUUUCAAGCAGGAUAUGUCGUCGAAAUUCGAAAAGGGAGGUAAACAUAUGCUGUUUGAGCUGAAAAAACACGUGAAAGCCAAUUCGGAAGUCAACAUACUAUCAUGUUUAACGCGACUCAAAGAGGAUACGCAAUGUUGCAAAUACCUCGCCAAGACUAGGCAAUUGAAACUCCUCGUGCAAUUGCUACAUUAUCGAAGCAACUUCAAGAUUAUCAAUGCCUCCUUGAGCAUCUUGGCCAAUCUCUGCAUAAAUUCCGACACGAGGAAGCAGGUGAGGGAUACAAAUAUAGUAACUUACACAUUGUGGAUUUUACAAAACAUAAGAAUCAGGGACAAUUUACAUUGCCGAGUAUAUCGACUUAUAGCAAAUCUUUCAGAAUGUCGAUGGUUCGCAAAGGCUUUUUGUACCGCAGGAGUCAUACAAGAGUUACACGAUAUUUUGCAUUUGAAGACUAAUCCACAAACUGAUAUGAUGGCAAUUAGAGCUGUGAGAAAUAUUUGGAGUAUGUAUGAUGAUAGUCGUAGCAAAAUUCUAAAUAGUGGUAUAAUGCGUGACAUAACAAGAAUUUUCAUCGAAGCUGGGAAAAAAUCUUGUGAAUUGAAGUAUUUAGACUUAGCGGAAACUUGUAUGAAGGCUCUGAAUGUCUUUAUACUCGGAUCUAAUUACGAAUGCAUUAAGCAAAUGCUAGAUGAUAAAGACAAAGAAGGUUAUCGAAUUCUUGUGACAUUUUACGAAGCACAAAAUAAAUUAGCCAUUAAGUGUUUGUACAAUCUAGCAAUGAUACCGGAAUGUCGACUAUCGCUUGGAGAUUGUAACGCUGUUGAAGUUACUGUUCGACUAGUGGAAACCUGCUCGGUUUACUUUAGAGAAAUUGUAGCCUGCCUUUGUUUAUUUUGUCGCGAAGCAGUAAAUCGUAUUAGAAUUCGUUAUUGCUCCGGACUUCAAGUUAUUUUAGAUAUUUUAAAGAAAAAAGAAAACGAAAAGCACCAUCCAAUAUUGUUACACGGUCUUACUCAGUUUGCCUACGAUGAUAUAGGUAUUACAAUAAUGUUACAAAAUGGUUUACUUGAUAUUUUGACAGAUAAAUUGAAGCAAAUGGCAAUCGAAGUACCCUCUGAAUUAGAUGAAAAAUCGACAUCUGUAAAAUGUUCGGAAGAUCAAUCCCCUUAUAGAAAAAUAGAUGUAAAAUACAAUAGAAUAAAUUUUGGAAGGUUUAGUCUGGACUAUAAACCAGAAGAUUGGAGCCCAAGCAGUGCCAGAAGUGGAUCAUUCACUCCACCGAGUACACCUCCAAUGAAAAUUUUCGACGACAUAGAUAACUCGGAUGAAAAUACAGAAGAAAAUUAUAGUCCUGUUUAUACUGACCUGGACUGGAUAGAAGAUGAUCCGAUGGAAGACAUUGAAUCAUUAAAGAGUGUGUAUUCAUCGGCAACGAUAGAACGGGAAGACGUUCAGUUUCCGAAAAACGAGGUUAAUAAGCACAUGAAUGCAUCGACACUCGCGUUGUUAAGAAGGCUGAUUUUUUUGAACCAUAUAAUUGAAGAACUUGCCGAUCCAGCAAUAAUUAGAUCUCUUUGUACGUACAUUAGAUCGACAAACAAUUCAACGGCCUCGCUAAUACUCGGUCAGAUCGUGGGAAAGCAGGUGUAUCUGGUACCAUUGGUGAAGCAGGGCUUCGUCUUCGAGGCGCACAACCUGAGCGGGUCAAAGUACAUACGCCAGCUGUGCGAUUGUGCAGUGACCGGCAGCGCCGUCGGCGAGUUUUCGUCCAUCCUGCUGCGUGGUCAGGAAGCCGACCGGCUCAUUACCGCCGUCUCCAUACCAUUUAUCAUCGUGUCCAAGGAGACUCUGCGCCGCCUCCUCAAGGACCACGGCGGCCUCGACCUUAUCUUCGACGUAUUGUCAGACGAUAAGCACAGCCUUCACAAUAAGGCCAUCUGGUCCAUCAACAUGCUAGCCAACUCCUUGAAUAUGCAACCCGAGACACCCGACAAAAGUCAGCCCACCGACUCUUCUCUGCUCUUCCACGAUACAACUCUGGGCUGCGCCGUCGACAAUCACUCGAAGCCAUCGACGAUCACGUUUGAGUUGGACGACGGCACGACGGUGGACGCCUGUCGUCGCCUCCUCUGUCAGCGAUCGGAUGUCUUUUCGGCCAUGCUCGAGGGUAACUUCUCCGAGUCGGGUAAGCGUCGCGUGAAGCUGAGGAACACGUCCAAGGAGGGCCUUAACACGCUGCUGCUCGCGGCUAACGGCUCGGAUUUCGAUGAUCGAGCGAUCGAGUCCUUGCUCGACGCCGUCUUGCUCGCCGACAGAUUCCUCAUGUCCGACAUCUCGGAGCUCCUUACCGAGAGCUCCAUAUCCAAACUCGAUCACGAGAACUUUUGCAGAGUUUGGUGCUGGGCCCGUGACAACGAGUGCCACGAGCUCAAGCUCUGCAGCAUCAAGAGUUUCUUGACGAAGAAAAUGUCGAGGGCCAAGAGGAUCAAAGCCUUCCGCGACUUCUUCACGAACGAUAACUUUAAAGAGUUCCUCGGCGAAGUCAAGGAGCUCAUAAGCGAUGCACUCACUCAGCGCUAAGGUCCCACGGCUCGAGCAUCUUGCAAUUAUUUGCGGUCGACUGCGUUCAUUC